AUGGACUUCGCGGCAAAGGGCGCUGCGGCGGUAUCAGAGAAAGACUACCGCGCAGCCCUGACAUUCUACACCAAAGCCUUGAUCGACCACCCUUCCUCACCAGACUACUUCACGCAGCGGUCCAUCGCAUUCACCCGACUCUCCCCGCCACGCCAUGAUUUCGCGCUCAAAGAUGCAGAGUACGCGGUGCUAUUGGGCCAGAAACGUGCAAAGAGAGAGAAGAUCCAAGCCGCGCAGCAGCGGAGAGUCGUGGCUCUCCACGGCCUCGGUCGCUACGCCGACGCCAAAGCCAUUCUGGAGACGACCGAGCGGUGGAGACCGCAGGACAGCAAGCCCGCCAAGAUGGAGUGGGACAUGUGGAUGGCUAGGAUUGAGAACAAGUUGAAGGGUGUGCCUGAGUCAGAAAAAGUGUCGACCGAGAAGGAAUACCCCGAGAUCGAGCUGCCGAGCGAGACCAAGAUGAGGGCGUGGCUACAGUCGCAGCUCACGGCGGACGGCUCGUUCAAAUUCGAAGGCGACGCCGAGCUCAAAUCCAAGGAGACAGACUCUGCUUCAGCCGCCACAGCAGCGAGCUCUACAAAUGGCACCACCAACGGCGGCGUCGGCAGCACGAAAUCAGCCGAGUCUAACACCACAAUUCCUGCCACCCCGACCAAGCUCCGCCACGAGUGGUACCAGUCGCCCCAGACCGUGACGGUAACGCUCUACGUCAAGGCCGUCCCAAAGGACAAAUGCGAGAUCGACAUCCACGAAGACUCCGUGCACAUAUCCUUCCCUCUUCCGUCAAAUCCGUCCUCGACCUACUCAUUCGUCCUCGACCCGCUGUUCGCCCUGAUCGACCCAUCGCAAAGCAGGGGCGCAGUGCUGUCCACAAAGGUCGAACUCACGCUGAAGAAAGCACAGCCAGGCCAGAAAUGGCACAACCUGGAGGGUACCGCUCCCUUGAAACCGUCCACGUCCUCGUCAGACACAACCAUGCAAGAUGCCGACGCCGACCACGCAGCCAAACCAGCCGCGGUGAGUACCGACACUUCUGCACAGCCGCCCCCAUCAACGACAACGGCAGCAACCAAAGAAACAGCGCCCGUGUACCCUACUUCGUCACGCACGGGCCCGAAAAACUGGGACAAACUCGCCGACGAUCUCGUGGCGAAGACGAAGGCGAAGCCGCAGAUAAAGUUGAAAACGGACGCACAGGCAAAGGGGAAGGGUGGCCAAAAGCAAUCGACGUCAUCAAAGGAAAAGGCAAGGGCCGACGGAUCCUCAGCCUCCGAAGCCGAAGCCAACGCCGACGACGCCUACGACUCAGACAUGGGCGGCGACGCCGUCGACGGGUUCUUCAAGAAACUGUACGCCGGGGCGGACGACGACACGCGGCGCGCCAUGAUGAAAUCGUUUUACGAAAGUAACGGCACGGCACUGAGUACGAACUGGAAGGACGUGGGCGCGAGGCAUGUCGACGAGGUGAAGAGCAGUAAGGACUGA